GUUUCACGAAUUGCAUAGUUUCUCAUCAAACCUCACAAAGGACAAUUAUUUAAAAAUAUUACAUUUUUAAGUAACUUUUUCUGAUUAAAACUUAAAAAUUUCGUUUGUAUAUCUACAAAUUUAAGUUGUUUUGAUUUAAACUGAAGUUUUAGACCAGUAAAAGUACCCCAAAGUUCGUAAAUACAUAAUAAACAACAAAAAAUGUCUACGCGCAAAAAGGUUUUACUCAAAGUAAUAAUUUUGGGUGAUAGCAGCGUUGGAAAAACUUCGUUAAUGAACCAGUAUGUUAAUAAAAGAUUUUCUAAUCAAUACAAGGCUACAAUAGGGGCAGAUUUUUUAACAAAAGAAGUUGUAAUAGAUGAUCGUGUUGUCACCAUGCAAAUUUGGGAUACUGCUGGGCAGGAGAGAUUUCAAUCACUUGGUGUCGCAUUUUAUCGUGGAGCAGAUUGUUGCGUUUUGGUAUUCGAUACAACAGCCCCGAAUACUUUUAAGAACUUAGAUUCUUGGCGAGACGAAUUUUUGAUUCAAGCUAGCCCACGUGACAUGGAACACUUUCCUUUUGUUGUAUUAGGAAACAAAAUUGACUUGGAAAACAAAGCGGUGUCUACUAAAAGAGCGCAGCAAUGGUGUCAAUCGAAAAAUGACAUUCCGUAUUUUGAAACCUCUGCGAAAGAAGGAAUUAAUGUUGACUUAGCCUUUCAAACAAUCGCAAAGAACGCAUUAGCACAAGAAAGUGACGAAAACAUUUAUAGUGAGUUCCCGGAUCCAAUCAAAUUAAAUCCAACUGAGUCGAAUGUUUCAAAUGGAGAUAACUGUUCAUGCUAAAUUAAGAAGAUAAAAAUAAAAAUAUAAAAAAAACAUUUAUUUUUUAACCUUUGUUUAUUCAUAUGAUAUCAUAUCAUUAUUAUUGUCUUAAAAAACUUUAAAAAUUAUAUUUAAAAAGAAUUGUAGAUAAUAUUAUUCAAAAUAUUUACUCAUUAUAAAAAAUAAA